GAUAAUGAAUACUUCUUCCCCCUUCGCCUGGCAAACCUCCUAAAUCGACCAAAAGCAUCCGCCGCUAAAUUUCGUACUUGACGACGAGCAGAAAGAUGAUUCGUCGGUUGGCCUAUACACAAGACAUAAUUCCUCCGCACAGCAGUGAAUCUGAUGGUUUCGAUUUUCCCAACGGUAACACUAACACUCGCCACCUGCGCCUUCGUCACUUCGAAUGUGGAGGCAAGUAUCCUAGCUAUCCUUUUCGUUCUUUGGUCAAGCUUUAUGCUAGGUUGGGGCUUCAUCGCUACAAUUUGUUGGAGGGGAAAAACUUGCAGCUUGAUAGCCUACAGAGUUUCAACGUGAGCGUGACUGGCGGUCCUUCCUCUUACUACCUUAGUCUGGUUGCACGUGUUCCAGAUAGCGGUUUGCAGCAAGCCUUUCAAGUUCUUGUUCAUGAAAGGAGUUUUGGCUUUCUGGACUUGGGGUGCCCUAUCGCUAGACCUCUAGUGACCACUAAGGAGCCUUUCCUGCGUCCUCAUAGCGAUCCACGACCACCUGAUGGUAUGUUUUUCAGUGAGAAAUUGCCUCGUUGGCCAUCAUCUUUCACUGAUGCAAACCGGUUCCACCUGGUGAAGGAAUCAGAGUUGCAAGACAAUGAUUGGAUUCGUCUUUACUUGAAACUUUCACUUGUUUUUCUCGAUAGGAGUCUUACACAUGACCAUCACUCCCACCAUCUCUCCCAGUUGGAGAUUGUGCAAGCGGCGAUUGAAACUACUCAAGAUGACUCCAAGAAGACUACAGUUGUCUACAUCACCUAUAAUGACUUGACUAUGGCUCGGGUUGGUGAGCCUCUACAGCGCAGAGCUAUUGUUAGAAGAACCAUCAGUGAGACUACAGGAAACCUUCGUCUCCGGGGUGUCUAUUGGAUUGGAGACAAGGAUUCUGUGCACAUCCGAAGGCCUUCUAAAAGGCUUAAGCUUCGUUUAGGUGUUCAUAGACUUUGGAGGCUAUCUAAUCCUAGGUGCCACCAGCUGUACAAGACCCGCCUGCCUAAUGUCUAGACCCCUCAUUAUCAGCAUGCUUAACUAUUGUUAUUAAUGGUCUUCUAAGUUAUUUCAUUCGUGCGUUUGGACUUUUUAGUGGAUCUGUAAUUUUGUGCGUUUAGUACGACCAAGCUCUACACU